AUGCCUCCCCCAACCUCCCUUUUUCUGCUUCCCUCCACCCCAAGACGAGCGCAAAGGAAGAGAGGGGGGAGAGGAAGCAAACAAGAAAAAAAACACGAAAAGAAAAGGUAUACAAAAAAAGAACAAUUCCAUCCCCUACGGAGAAAAUCUUUGCUUUUGUUGGGACUCCAUUUCCUUUUCUUGAUUCUCUUCUUUUUUUUCUUUAGUUUCGGAAAGGAGAGAGGGUCCAUGUCGAGGCUUUGCUCACGUCCUGGAGGGGUGGAGGUCGCCUUCCAGACGAUCCUCCCCCCCCCCCCUCGACAGCUCGCGGGGAGGGGGGGGGAAAUCAUCCUCGCCCACGGCCUUCUUGGCAGCGGGCGGAGCUGGCAAACCGCGGCGCGGCGUCUUCUUCAGCAUCCAACGCUCUCCUCAAUCCUCCACGCCGCGCACGCGAUUGAUUUUCGGAAUCACGGUAGCAGCCCGCAUCAUCUUUCGCAUGCAAACGCGGCGAUUGCGAGCGAUCUCGAACGGUUUUUACUCCGCCCGCAGGGGGAAGAAACAAAAGGCAAACGAGGGGUGUUGAUCGGGCAUAGUAUGGGGGGAUACGCGGUGAUGGGGAUGUUGCUUCGACGAUGCAACGCCGAGGCGAUUUGGCGGGAUCGCGAGGGGGAUUUAGGGGGGUGGGGAGCUUCGCAACGGGAGAUUUGCGCGCGGGAAAUGCGGGCGGUGAAUGAGGCGUGCGGGUUCGCGCCCGAGGACCCCCUUCGCGGAGUUCUUUUCGAUGAAAAAAAGACUACGACGCGAGGGCGGCUCGCGGCGUGCGUGGUGGUGGAUAUCACCCCCACCACCCCAUUGAGUACGGCCCCUGGGGCCGAUCAAGGGGUAUUUAAAAUUCUCCAGGCAAUGACGCGUGUAGAGUUAGGGGCGAUUCGAAGCUAUGACGACGCACAACACGAGCUCCAGCGCGUCGGGAUUGAAGAAAAGAGCAUGCGGGAUUUCAUCACCACGAAUAUCGUGUUGAACCGGGGGGAAAAUGGCGGUGCGGCGAGCUGGCGAUGUAAUCUCUCCACGCUCGUGAGCUGCUACGAGGAGAUCUCGCCGGAUAUCGUGCGGUGGUUUGAUCCCAACGCGAUGAACGGGAUCGCCCCGAAGCCGUGUACGCUUCCGAUGCUAUUCGUAUUCGGGGAGAAAUCUCAAUUUAACGAUCCCGAGCAGCGAAGGCAGUUGAAACGCUUCUUCCCAAAUGUGCGAGAGGUAGUGGUGGAGGGUGCCGGACAUUUUGUACACUACGAAAAGAUGGAUGCCUUUGUCGAGGCAACCGCGCCCUUCAUCGCGGAGCACCUGAAAGACUAA